AUUGUCACGUGAAAAUAUAAAACAGCUGAUUUAUAUAGUGUCUCCCUCUUUCUCUUGCUUUCUCUCUUUUUUUCAACGUGGACCAUGUGGCCAUGUGGGAUCAUGACUCAUGAGGCAUGUGGACUAGAGAUUAGUCAUUAGACAGAACUUUUCUUCAGUCUUUGUCAGUCAGUCUCCUCACUUGCACCAACUUGCUCUACUCUUGAUUAUUUUUUUGAUAUCUCAUAAAAUAUAUAAAUAUUUAAAUAGAUAUUUAUUUAUUUAUUCAAGUGACAUAUAUAUUGUUAUUGCCAACUAGCUAAAACAAAUAAAAAUGGAUCAAAUUAAAUCACCUAAUUUACUCAAUCAUAUAUUAGAAACAAUUUUUUUGUAUUUAGAUGUACCAUCACUUAUAAAUUGUUCACUUGUUUGUAAAAAUUGGUACGUAUUAUUGGUUGAUGAAAAUAGAUAUAUAUGGAAAUUAAAUUGUAAUAGAUAUAUAUCAUACGAAGCAUUGGAAUCAGAUGUAUUAUCAUCAUUGAGAACUCAUAAAGAAAAAGUACGUGCUUUUUUUCAUACUUGGAAUCCAAAAGAUUGUUCAGAAAAUUGUUCUAUAGAAGAUGAUUUUACUUUUGUUCGAAAUCCAGUGGCACAAACUACUGAUGCUUGUAGAGGUAAAAUUGGAUUUACACGUGGUAAACAUAUUUGGGAAAUUAAUUGGACUGGACCACUUGGUACUGUUGCUGUUAUUGGAAUUGCAACAAAAGAUGCACCACUUACUGCUAAGGGAUAUUUCGGACUAUUGGGUUCUAAUGAACAUUCAUGGGGUUGGAAUUUAAUUGAUGAUAAUUUAGUGCACAAUGGCUAUGUCUAUGGUAAAUAUCCAUACUGGGAUAAAAAUAAACAAGAAAUAAAAGGCUUAAAUCAAAAUAUUCCUGCAAAAUAUCGGACUGGAGAAACAUAUCGAGUUAUUUUGGAUUGUGAUGAUAAAACUUUGUCAUUUGAAAGAAAUAAUGAAUGGCUUGGUCCUGCAUUUUCAGGAUUACCUGCAAAAUGUUUCUAUCCAUCUGUAUCAGCUGUUUUUGGAAACAGUGAAGUAUCAUUGGUUUAUAUUGGUUCACAACUCGAUGAUGACACAAUUGUUUAA